UUGCGAUGGGAUCCUGCCAGCUACGAAGGAUCGAAUGAGAUCUUCCUGUCGAGCUCGGACAUCUGGAUUCCCGAAUUUUCGCUGUAUUAUAGGUGAGUUAGCCUAACUUUUAACUUUUUGGGGAAAAAAUGAUGAGACUGUGUAAAAAUGACCAAAAAUGGGAGAAAAAUCGAAAGUUUACUAUAAAAAUGAAAAUUACAAGGUCAUUUUAGUCAAAAAAUUCGAUUCCGGGUGAAAAAUUUUUGAAAAAUUGAAUUUUGGCGCGAAAAUAAAAUUUUUGAAUAUUUGAAAUCUUGAAAUUUCGCGCCAAAAUUCAGAAUACUGUAGAUCAGAAAUUUUUAGGUGGCAAAUUUUAAAAUUCAAAAAAAAAUCAUAUUUUCGCGCCAAAAAUUUCCACGUGGAAUGAUUUUUGAAUUUUUUGGCGCCAGAAAUUCAAAAUAUUGUAAUUUUCGAAUUUCGCGCAAAAAUUCAGGAUACUGUAGAUUUUUAAAUUUUUAGAAAAUUUUCAAAAUUUUAAACUUUUGGCGGUGAAAUUCAAAUUUCCCGCCAAAAAAUUGCCACAUGUAAUGUGUGGCCAAGUGGUAAAGCUCCAGAUUUCCAAGUUAGAGAUCAAGGGUUCGAGCCCCAGUGGGGGCGAAUUUUUUUUCAAAUUUUUUUGUGUAAAAAUGGUUUCGGGUCCAAAAUUUCAUGACAACCUCAAAUUUUUAGCUGAAAUUCCAGAUUUUCAGCUAGAAAAUCAAUAAUUCACAUAAAAAUUGUCCAAAACAUGUUUCAGGUCCAAAAUUUCAUGAAAAACCCGAAUUUUCAGUAGAAAAUCAAUAAAUUACAUAAUGAAAAUGCAAAGAAGAUGUGAAAACCAAGAUAUAAUCGCAAUUUGCUUAAGCAAACACACAAAUAAUAAUAAUAUGCAGAAAAAUCAGGUAUUUCUGGCAGAAAAUCGCAAUUUUUUGUGUUUUCGUGUUGCUUAGACUUAGCCUAAGUCUAAGUGUAAUAUAUAUACAUUUUCUAUAAGAAAAUAGUAAGAAAAUGGAAGGUUUAUGAACUUUUUAGGGGCGAAAAGAGAAGAAGAAGAACAGAACAGCUUUGUGUAAUAAUUUUUUUAGUGUUGUUCCUUCCUUAUUAAAACACUGUGUAGAUAAGGAAAAUUCGGAGAUUUUCACUGAAAAAUUCGGGUUCUCCAUAAAAAUUCAGUCCGGAAACUAUUUUUUUCAAAAAAAAAAAAAAAAAAUUCGCUCCCACCGGGAUACGAACUCUUGACCUUGUUCUUGGGAAUCUGCAGCUUUACCACUUGGCCACAUGUCAUUUUUCGCGACGUAAAACACGUCAGCAAACGUUGCUGACGCAUUUUUGGUAGGUUUGCACUGGAAACACGUCAGCAAGAGUUUGUUGACGCGAAUUUUGUAGAAAAUUAAGGUUUUGCACCGGAAAUGCGUCAAGAAGCCUACUGACGUGUUUUCGGUGCAUUUCAGAAGAUUAUCUGCACCGGGAAUGCGUCAGUAAAGCUGCUGGGGCUUUUUGAGGUCAAAAAUGCACCAGGAAAGCGUUAGCAAGAUUUUGUUGGCGCGACUUUUGUAAUUUUUCAACCAAAAACACGUCAAAAAGCUUGCUGGCGCAUUUCUGGUGCAAAAAACACUGAAAAAUGCACUAGAAAUGCGUCAAGAAGCUUACUGACGCAUUGUUGCACCAGAAACACGUCAAGAACCUCACUGGCGCAUUUCUGGUGCAGAAUCAUUCAAAAAUGUACGAAAAACACGUCAAAAAGCCUACUGACGCAUUUCUUGUGCAUUUCAGAUCAUUUUUGCACCGGAAAUGCGCCAGCAACGUUCUUGACGCAAAAAUUGACCAAGAACACGUCACUGACGCAUUUCCGGUGCAAAAUUUCAUGAAAAACUCGAAUUUUCGCUCAAAAUUUCCCAAAAAUCACCAAAUGUCCACUAGAAAACUCAAAAUGUACUUUUUCAAACAAAAAACACGUCAACAACCCCACUGACGCAUUUCUAGUGCAAAAAACCACUGAAAAUGCACCAGAAACACGUCAGCAACGUUCUUGACGCUAAAAUCGACCAAAAACACGUCACUGACGUGUUUCCGGUGCAAAAUUUCAUGAAAAACUCGAAUUUUCACCUAAAAAAUCACCGAAAUUCCAGUCUAAACUUCAACGACGCGGUCAAACUUCAAUCCAACAACGACAUUCGCGUAAAUUACACAGGCGACAUCAGAUACUACAUUCCCUUCUCAUCAGAAUCCCUGUGUAAAUUGGACGUCAAAUUUUUCCCGUUCGAUAUUCAAAAAUGUCAACUUUUAUUCGGCUCAUGGGCUCAUUCAAAUGAUUCAAUCAAAUAUUCGCUUUAUUCUCAAAAUUUGUCACUUAUCGAUUUUUAUGAUAAUCAAGAAUGGGAAUUGGAUAAAAAAGAGUCGUCGGUGAAAUCCGACGGAUUUUUGUACGAUUAUUUGGAUCCGCCGCUGUUUUGGGAGAUGAUUAUUAUUGAGUUGGUUGUGGCGAGACAGAGUUUUUACUACGGUAGGUGUACUGUAGAUUUUGGCGCGAAAAAAAUCCGAAAUUUUGGACAAUUUUUAUGAAUUAUUGAUUUUCUAGCUGAAAAUCUGGAAUUUCAUGAAAUUUUGGACCGGAAACCUUUCUCAGAAAAAAAAGUUGAAAAAAAAGUUCGCCCCCACUGGGGCUCGAACCCUUGACCCUUUACUUGGUAAUCUGGAGCUCCAGAAAUCCACGUGGCAAUUUUUUUAAGCGCGAAAUUUGAAUUUUUUAGUUUCGCGUGGAUUUUCGGCGGGAAAAUUUAAAAUUUAAAUUUCAAAUCAAAAUCCACUUGGAUUGAUUUUUGGCGCGAAAAACCAGAAUUUUGAAAAUUUAAAAAAAAAUUCAAAAUUCAAAAUUUGCCGCCAAUUUUCAAAAUUGUUUGCCACGUGGAUUUUUGGCGGGAAAAAUUGAUUUUCAAAUUUUAAAUCACGGAUUUUUGGAGCCAAAAAUGCUCUGGUUCAAAUUUUUCAACCAAAAUUUCGAGAAAAUUUCCAAGCAAAAGGUCAAGGGUUCGACUCCUCCCCAAUGCGAUGAUUUUUUUUUUGGAAAAUAGUCUUUCUGGUUCAAAAUUUGGUGAAAAUUUCGGAUUUUGGAUCAAUUUUCAUCGAAAAAGCUGAAUUUCAGCUCAAAAAUCACCAUUUUCCAGUUUUCAACCUAGUUAUCCCAAGUACAAUGAUCACCCUGGUGUCAGUCAUCGGUUUCCAUACUCCCUCAACUUCUGGCCGAGUUCGUGACGCAAAAUUCCGGCUCGGAAUUAUGACAUUAAUGAGUAUGUCUGUGAUUCUAUUGGCUAUUGUUGAGGAUAUGCCGAAAUUCAGUAUGGGAACGAAUCGAAAGGGACGCGGAAGCUUUUCCGGAAUUCCGCUCAUUGGUGAGCUAUUUUCAUUUAAAAUGCUCAAUUUUGAGCUAUUUUAGAGCAAAAAUGAUGGAUUUUGAGCCAAAAUUCGAUAAUUUUCGAUAAUUUUCCAGCCGUGGCCUAGAAAACUUCACAUUUGGUUUUCUAGGUCAUCAAAUUCUGAUCAUUUUGAAUCCAAACAUGCCCCAUGUUUAUGGUGGUCUAGAAAUUUUAUUUCUGGAUUUCUAGGCCACCUAGAAGCUAGGCGAUGUUUUUGAUGGCCUAGAAAACCAAAUGCACAGUUUUCUAGGCCAUGAAUUGAAUUUCAGGGAUUUUUGAGGUUUUCGGGUCAAAAUUCUUCAAAUUUCAAGUUUUUUGGCUGAAAAUUGAUUAUUAUCCAUGUUUUUAAUCAAUUUUAACCCAAAAUUCAUCAAUUUUCGAUAAUUUUCAGCUCGUGGCCUAGAAAACUCCACAUUUGGUUUUCUAGGCCAUCAAAUUCCGAUCAUUUUGAAUCCAAACAUGCCCCUUGUUUUCGGUGACCUAGAAAUCCUAUCUCUGGAUUUCUAGGCCACCUGGAAGCUAGGCAAUGUUUAGACACAAAAUGACCAGAAUUUGAUGGCCUAGAAAACCAAAUGCGGUGUUUUCUAGGCCAUGGGUUGAAUUUCAGGGAUUUUUGAGGUUUUUGGGUCAAAAUUUAUUUAUUUUCCAUGUUUUUAAUCAAUUUUGACCCGAAAUUCCAUGAUUAUUCAGCCGUGGCCUAGAAAACUCCACAUUUGGUUUUCUAGGCCAUCAAAUUCUGAUCAUUUUGAAUCCAAACAUGCCCCAUGUUUAUGGUGGCCUAGAAAUCCUAUUUCUGGGUUUCUAGGCCACCUAGACGCUAGGUAAUGUUUAGACACAAAAUGACCAGAAUUUGAUGGCCUAGAAAACCAAAUGCACAGUUUUCUAGGCCAUGGGCGGUUUUCGGGUCAAAAUUCUUCAAAUUUCAAGUUUUUUGGCUGAAAAUUGAUCAUUUUUCAUGAAUUUCAGCUUAUGUUUCAUCAUUUUUCUUCAAAUUUCCUCCCCAAAUCUCCGAACUUACCCUAACUUGCUCCCAUUUCCAGGUCUCUACUAUUUCAUAUUACUCGCCAUCAUCGGAAUGUCCACCGUCACAACAUCAAUGUUUGUUUUUGUGGAACGCGGCGUCCGCUCCUCUCACAUUAUCCCGUUUUAUUUGCGUUGGUUAUCAUUCGACAUAUCACCGACUAGAAUUGCUAGAAAAUUAUCCAGAUAUCAUCAUCAGCGCCAUCAACUCAAUAAUCAGCAGUCGAUGAAUCAAACAUCGUCGGUGAGUGAUUUUGGAGGCGAAAUUUGAAAUUUUAACGGGUUUCUGAUCAUUUCAAGUGUAAAUAUGGCGUAGGAAUCUGAAAAAAUCGAUUUUUCUGAUCAUUUUGGCCUAGAAAUCCAAUUUUAAAAAAACUCGGCCAUACAUUCUCAAUAGAGCACAUUUUCCUCGAACGGCUAAAAAUUAGAAAUGAUAAAAUCGAUUUUUGCAAAAAAAAUUCAAAAGGUCACGUUUGCCACGUCACAAUUAGCAUUGGAGCGCAUUUUCUCAAGUUUCACAGCGAAAAUCGAUGUAUUUGCAAUAGAGCGUCCUUUCUUCAACCAAAAAUCGAUAUUGCCACGUCACAAUUAGCAAUGGAGCGCAUUUUCUCAUUUUCGCUCUAAAAAUCAAUAAUUUCACGUAUUUCUCAAUAGAGCGCACUUUCUUCAACCAGAUUUUGUUCAAAAAUCGAUAUUGCCACGUCAUAAUUAGCAUUGGAGCGCAUUUUCUCAAGUUUCACAGCGAAAAUCGAUAAUUUCACAUGUUUAUCGAUAGGGCGCACUUUCUAUUAACCAUAAAAUCGAUAUUGCCACGUCAUAAUUAGCAAUAGAGCGCACUUUCUCAAGUUUCGCAGCGAAAAUCGAUAAUUUCACAUGUUUAUCAAUAGAGCGCACUUUCUUCAACCAUAAAAUCGAUAUUGCCACGUCAUAACUAGCAUUGGAGCGCAUUUUCUCAAGUUUCACAGCGAAAAUCGAUAAUUUCACAUGUUUAUCAAUAGAGCGCACUUUCUUCAACCAGAUUUUGUUCAAAAAUCGAUAAUUCCACGUCAUAAUUAGCAUUGGAGCGCAUUUUCUCAAUUUCGCUUUUACACUCGAUAAUUCCACGUCAUUAUUAGCAAUAGAGCGCUUUUUCUCAAGUUUCGCAGCGAAAAAUCGAUAUUGCCACGUCACAAUUAGCAAUAGAGCGCAUUUUCUCAAGUUUCGAAGCGAAAAGCGAUAAUUCCACGUAUUUCUCAAUAGAGCGCACUUUCUUGAACCAAAAAAUCGAUAUUGCCACGUCAUAAUUAUCCAUAGAGCGCACUUUCUCCAAAAUCCACGUCACACCAUCUGAUUUUGCACGUUUUCCUCAACAUUUUUCAUUUCCAAGUUUCACAUUCGCUUUUCUCUCACAUUCCAGGACCAUCUUCUCUCCAACGGUCACGUUCAAACGGGUCUUCGCGACAAAGCUCGCGGAGUUGCUGCAAGUCUCCUCUCCCUAUUGCCACGUCCCAGUCAAGAUGUGGAAGCGAACUCGACGAGCCCUUUUCAUAUGCAGCACAUUCAUGCUUAUCAACAGGUUCGGCUUCUUUGAUAUUUGCGAACGCUUAUUUUUGGAAAUGCACCGCGAUUGUGCUGGAAAUCGGCUGAAAAUUGACAGAAACCUUUGUGACGGAACUCCAAUGGGUUUUGCUCAUUUUCUACAUGCUCCCUGGGGAAAAUUCAGGUUUUCUAACUUGAAUAAUGUUCUUCAGCAUACUUGAAAACAUUGGGAAGCUUUAGCUUAUCAGAAAAUAUAAGAUUAUUCAAGUUUCAGGUGAUUUUCCCAUAUUUUCUGAUAAGCUAAAGCUUCCCAAGGUUUUCAAAUAUGCUGAAGAAUCCUAUCCAAUUUAGAAAACCUGAAUUUUCGCCCGGGAGCAUGUAGAAAAUGAGCAAGAACCAUUGGAGCUCAGGUUUUUGGCGAUUUUCGAAGGCUGGAGCAUUUUCAGCACAGUCGAGUACCUUGGUUAGCAUGAGAACGUUUUCCGUCGGGCUCAUAGUUCCAGCUCAUUCCAGCUCACAUAUAAAAUCCAAAAAAUUUCCAGGGCGCCUCAACUCCGCCGCGCGAAUCCAUCCGUCGUCGUUUGAGCAUGUCGCAGUACGAUAAUAUGUUGAUCUAUCAGUAUUAUGAGCAAGCGUUGGAGGAUAUUGCGAAUGGUGUGACCAGGAUGCAUAAAUCGAUUGAUGAUAUUCGGUAGGUUGAGAUUUCCACGUCAUAAGUUGAUUCCACCAAAAUAUCGAUUUUCCAGCCGUGAUAUGUCGCAAUUGAUGCCACAAGAGGAUAUUUCGGCAACUUGGCAGACUGUGAUUCGACGAUUGGAGAUUAUUUCGCUAGUUGUUUAUGUAACCAUCCUCUUCACCACAAUGUACCUCUUCUUUUUAUCAUGAUUGGUGAGUUUUCGAUCUGAAUUCAAGACAAUUCUAAAAAUUUACCUUCAGGUAUUGUGCAAUUGGUCAUAAUCCUUGUGGUUCGCCGAAUUUGAAAUGUCCAUGGAUGCAUCAUUCGGAGGAAGCCGAUUGUGAACAUAAUUCAUAUAAUUAA